GUUCAGGCGCUAUUCAAAAACUCAUGAUAGCGAGUUGCUGGGAAUGAAUCGGUAAAUAUGUUCAAUGUUCGCAGUGCAUUGGGGGUUUGUUUAUAAUGGAUGAUGUGGUUAUGAUGGUUAAACAUGGUUGGAACCCAUUUCACGAGGGACAUCAAACAUGAAUCGCGGCGCACAGGGUGCCAUGGCAAGAUCAGGGCAACAUUUGUUCCACGAUGCCCGAUAUCAAACCUCCACCCUUUGACCUGUCAUUAUAUCUGGUAACGGACCAAAGCCUUCUUCCGGAAGGACAUGAUCUUGUCGAUACUGUUCGAGCCGCAAUAGAAGGAGGUGUGACGUUGGUCCAACUCCGGGAAAAAACGUUGAAUACCAAGUCAUUUGUCGCCAUUGCCCGUCGCAUUUUGCAGACUUGCCGUGCUUCCAACGUUCCUCUGCUUAUCAAUGAUCGAGUUGAUGUGGCGCUUGCAGUGGAUGCCGAUGGUGUACAUAUCGGACAGGAUGAUAUGCCGCUUCCAAUCGUCCGCCAGCUGAUAGGCCCAAAUAAGAUAGUGGGAGUGACAGUUGAAACCGCAGAACAAGCAGUGCGGGCGGUGGCAGAUGGAGCGGAUUAUGUUGGAACUGCAGCCAUCUUUCCGACAGGGACUAAAAAGCACCCGGCGUCUUUUAAACCGCUUGGCAUCGCAGGUGUACAGGAUCUCAUGCGCGCCGUAAGGAAAUAUCAUAUCCCAAUGACAACAAUAGGUGGAGUCGGUAUCAGUAACGUGGAAGAUAUACUGAAAAAGACCGUUUUGCCAGCUGGACCCGAAGGACCGGAAUAUCGCUUGGCUGGGGUUGCUGUGGUCUCCGCUAUCAUCGCCCAAAUAGAUGCCAGAGCCGCUUCGGCCCAACUGGCUGCAAAGAUCCGCUCGUGUGGUCUUACACGCUCAAUUACAAGGCCUCGGUCAAUCUCUUCUACACAUCGCAGCGCGGAAGUCCAAGUGCUUGUGGAAAGAGUCGUAUCUGCAUUCAAUCGUAUACGCGAACGGAAACCUCUCAUUCAUAAUAUCACAAACUACGUUGUUAUGAACGACACAGCCAACACGAUUCUGCAAUUGGGCGGGCUGCCCGUAAUGGCCCAUAGCGUCGAGGAAGUAGCAGAUAUAACGGCUGUAUCGCAAGCAUUGGUCAUCAAUAUUGGCACGCUAUCAUCCCAGUGGGUCGAGGGAAUGAAGAUUGCUGGCAAAAAGGCGAACGAGCUCUCUGUUCCCAUCAUUAUGGACCCCGUAGGUGCUGGUGCCACACCUUAUCGUAAGAAAGCGUGUAUGGACCUCAUCCAUGCCCUUGAUAUUCACAUUAUCAAAGGCAAUGCGGGCGAAGUGGGAGCCAUCGCCGGGUUAGAAGGGGUGGAAAUGCGGGGGGUAGAGAGUGUCGGGAAGCUGUCGAACCCAGCAGAGGUGGCCAGUUCUCUCGCACGUAAAGUUGGAACAUGUGUUGCCAUAUCAGGACCUGUAGACUACGUAUCAGAUGGGAAGACCACUGUGUUGGUAAAGAACGGCAAUGAAUGGCUAGGUACAAUGACUGGAACUGGCUGCUCGACCACCACCUUGGUAGCAUGCUUUGCUGCUGUGGAAAGUGAUCGCUUGGUGGCUGCCAUUGGAGGCCUAAUUUGUAUGGGACUAGCGGCAGAACUGGCAGCAAAGAAAGGCAUAUCUGGUCCCGGUAGCUUUAAAGUGGCCCUCCAUGAUGCGAUCUUUAAUCUGGACGAGGAAACGAUUAGACAAGGGGCCCAAAUUGAGAUAGAAAUGUAGCGAAGAUGGAUUUUGAUUACUCAGAGGCUGGAUGCUGAUAUAUAAAUUAAACAUGUACAAAUGGAAGCAAACACCUAACUACACUGGCCCAG